AUGCAUAGAAAACUAUCCAGUCUCUUAUCUUAAACUAGUGGUAAAAAGACUUAGAUAAUGUCCCCAAAUUCUAAUACCAGUAUUGAUAUCACUUAACUUACCAAUGUAUCAUAAUGUUCAAAUUGAUAGUUACAUAUCUAAAUAUUAAAAAUGAUUGAAAACAAUACUAAAGAUACUGACAUUAUGAAAAUUAUGGAUACUGUUAAAAUAUUAUCAAAAGGUUUAGAAAAAGCAUCAUAAAGUGAACUAGAAUUAGGUUAUAAAGAUCGUUAAUUACAAAAGGCUUAAUUAUUAUAUGGUGAUUUAGAAUUAAAAUUUUCAGUUUUAAAAACUAAAUAUGAUGAUUUAGAAACACAAAAUAAGAAUCUGAAAACUAAAAUUGAUGAAUUGAUGCAUCAAAAUUAAUUAAAUUAUCAUUAAUAUUAAUUACAAACUAAAUUAAGUGGUGAUUUAAAUCAUAAAGUAACUAAUUUAGAAUAAAGGUUAGAAAUCAUAUUAGAAAGUGAUUUCCCUAAUGAAUCUGUUAAUAUUAGAAAAACGCUGACUGAUUUAGUGAAAGAAUGUGAAAGAUAAAAAAGAGAAUUAUAAUUAAAGAAUUAAGAAAUCUCUAGAUUAACUGAAUAAUAUAAAUCAUCUUAAUAGAGAAUUAGUAAAUUAAAUUAAAAACUUGAGUUAAUGAAAAAAAAAAUUUCUAUUAGAGAAUUAGAAAAUUUGGCAUUAGACAGAGCUGAAUGGAUUCAAUAAGAUGAUAAAUAAAAUGAUCCUACUUAAAUUUUGAUACGAUAUUAAGCAUGUGAUAAUUUGGAUUUUAGAAUCAACGCUUUAAAACUAGAAUUCGCUGAUAUUAUGAAUGAUAUAUAAGAAUAAGGAACAACUGUUUUUACUUAGAAAGUAAUGUAAUCAAGUUAAAAGUAAAUAAAAGAAUCAAUUCAAUUAGUAACAUCCUAAUAUUUAUCAUUUAAAGACUUUUCAGAAAAACUUAAUAUGAUGCUUAAAUAACUUAUAUUAUUAUAAUUGAUUGAAAAUCUUUAAGAUCAGAUGUAAUAUAUUGAAUAUAAUUUUAAACAUGUAUUUAUGUGUCAAAAUACAAGAUUAUGGGUAUUGGAUGCUUAAAUGGGAAUUCUUUAUUCUAGUAAUAAUUAAAGAGUAUUGAUUAAUAAAGGAUCUUUUAGUGAAGUAUUGAGAUUUUAAAAACCAGUACAUAAACGCGAUUACAAUCUUUUAUGUGAUAAUACAAAUCAUGUUGCAAUGUAUACAAAUUAAAGUCUUCUUUAUCCAAUCUUUAAUUAAAAUUAAACAUUAUCAGGAAUCUUAGAAAUAAGUAAUUCAGUAAGUGAUUAUUUCUCUUUUGAUGAAGAAUAUUAUGGUGUUAUUUUGGCUAAAUUUUGUGAACUAUUAAUCAAAAAUUAAAUAAAAACAAGACUAUUAUCUGUUACUUUAAAAUUUGAUUCUAUGGUUUAAAAUGCCUUCCAUGAUUUUUUAUUAAGUAAAACUCAAUUUUAAUUAUAUAAAUAUAUAAGAUAUUGGAUGGAAUCUAUUUUAACUGUUUCAAUGAUAGCAUUCUAUUUUGUUAACAAUGAUAAAUUUAUUACAUACAAAACAAUAGGUACAAGUUGGGAUGGAAUGACUCAUAAAAAUGCUAUUACACAAGGUAGAGUUUUAGAUUAAUCUAUUAUUCUAACUAAAAAAGGAAUUGCUAAAUAAGUUUGUGAUCGUAAAAAAGUAAUUCUAUAUUUUUAAUUAAGGAAUUAAUUGUAAUGAAUAUGAGAAAAUCUAUAGAAUUUGAUGAAACAAUUGAUUUAGAUUCUAUCUUACCAGUGCUUAUACAUCCAAUUAUAUUUGAUAAUUAAGUUAUUGCUGUAUUUGAAGUUCCUAUUAAAUAAAGAAAUCUUCUUAAAUAAGAAAAAGAUAAAAUUAUGCUUGGUAGUUCAACUAUUGUUGGAUUAGAUUAAAGUUUUGAAAUGAUGGCAGCUAAAUUAGGAACCACUAUUAUGAAUGCAAUCAAUAUAUUAAAAAUUUAAUGA